CUCCUCUAGAGCUUCCAAGUUCCUACUGUACUUCGUAGUUCCUACCCCGUAACCCAAACCUCGCCGGCGAUGGCGGCGGAAGCGUCGAGCUCAUCGGCUUUCAGCGAGGACGAUUCGCUCCUGCGGCCCCUCGCCGCGCGUGGGUGGCGCUUCCGUGACGCCGCGGACGAGUCCAUCCAGGCCCUCCUCCACGCUCCCCCCUCCCCGUCGCCGGAGGCCCUGGAAGCCGACCUCCUCGACACGGACCUGAGGCUCUUCGGCGGGAAGUCCCUCCCCGACCGCGCCGCCGCCACCGCCACGAAGCGGCUCUUCUACCUCCACGGCCCCAUCGUCCUGCAGGUAGUUUCUGUAAGGGAUAUAUAUAGCAGCAGAGUCGAUGCUUCCUUUAAGAACCCACAGCCACGGCGCCUUCUGCGGUUUGGUCUCACUGAUGGUAUUUCUGAAGCAGUGGCCAUUGAGUUUUCCCCUAUCCCGUUCAUCACAGAAGAGAUAGCCCCAGGUACAAAGAUUCGUCUUGAGAACAAGAUUCCAGUAAAUCAUGGCAUAUUGUGCCUGGGUGCAAAAAAUGUGAGCAUCAUCGGGGGAACUGUCCAAUCUUUGUAUGAAGAAUGGAAAAUGAACCAGAAAUUCUCGGGCUUAUCACGCCCAGUAUUGAGGCUGUCACAAGAUGAUGGAGUUGGGCCUCCACCAUUUGAGAAAUUAGAUAUCGAAGCACGUCCAAACAGGACAUUCCAGUUGCAAGCACACCCCGCAGACCAGAAGGCUAGCAACUUUGGAGUCGCUCAUGAGCACGUGUCGAUUAAUUCCAAUUCAAAACCUACGAAUGAGGGUUCAAGUAAUAUGAACAGAGAGAAUACAGCUAGCAAAGCUGAAUCCAAACAGUCUACUGCAGAUAUCAGACCAAAAGAAGUAAGCGAAGCUGUCCCUGUUCAGAACCAAGCUGCUGCACAGAAACUACUGCAGAAAAUGGCUAUCCCCGAAGAUAGGCAUGGUCGGGGUCGAUUCAAGGGCAGGAGCAAGCAGGAAGAGACUCCGGUCUUCACCCUCGAUGAAUGGGAGAGGAGAAAAGCAGGCAGUUCAAUGUCCACAGCAGAAAGGCAUAUACAAGACACCAGUCGAGACGAGGAACUGGCAAGACAGCUCCAAGAACAACUAGAUCUAGAAGAUUCCCAUGCGAUGCCCGUGACCUCAGAGGCCGAACACCUGCGGAUGAACAUGUUCAGCUUCAACGGCCCUGAAGAAAUGGGUGGUGGGAGAAGAGAUUUUCGAGGGCGCGGGCGGGGAAGGGGCCGAGGGCGAGGUCGAAGCAGGGGAAGAUUUUAGCUCAGUUUCAAAACUGUAUUUUUUCUAGGGUACUCUCCAAUCUUCAGAGAUGGUGGCAGUAAUAGUGGUAUUGAUGAUGAUCAUCACCUUUUGAAGAGUAGGCGGUAGUGUCAUGAUGGUCAUCUUAAAAGCUUCUCUCUUUAGUAUCUGAUGAUGAUGAGGAUGAUGAUGCUGAUGAUAACCUUUUAACUCUUUAUUAAGAAGCAUGUUCGUUUCA